AUGGUAACUCAUCUUAGCAGGCUCAUGGCCAACGUCGGCGGUCCCAAGUCCAGCAAGAGAAGACUGCUAAUGUCUACAGUCCAGUCCCGUCAAGCGGCGCUCCGGGUGUGUUCCGCUUACCGUACAGUGUCUGCCGUCCUGGCUAUUGCUGGAGUCAUCCCCAUCAAACUUUUGUCAGGGGAGAGGAAGGCAAUUUAUCAGCGACAAGGCGAAAUCGGCAAGGACACUGCAAGGACUGAGGAGCGCUCUCGUACGUACCAGCAAUGGCAAAACAGCUGGCAACAAGACGCCCGCGGACGUUGGACUGCCAGACUUAUCAAACAAAUCCAACCGUGGGUAGAACGGCGGCAUGGCGAGUUUCAGCAAGCCUUAAAGGAGGAGUGGGAAUACAUCGAGCAGCAGGUUAUCACAGCCAAGAUGGACAGUAGGUCUCGUAGUCUGCAGGCAUUCAGCCAGAGGAGGUUAGUAUCUGACCGGUACAGACAUUAG